AUGCCUCAUAUACAGCUCAACGUCAUUGUCGCUGGAGGAGGAAUUGCCGGGUUGACGGCCGCAUUGGCCCUGCGAAGGCAAGGCCACGCCGUCACCGUUGUGGAAUCCUCGGCGUGGCUGCGAGAGGCCGGUCUGGCGGUGGCGGUUCCUCCCAACGCGACUCGCACACUUAUCGGACUGGGUAUCGACCCCAAGCAAGACGCCAAAGCCGCGGCGCUCCGAACCUCCCUAGAAUACCACUUCCUCAGCAAGGACGCCUCCCCGAGAUUCGGCGAAAAUGGAGACAGCUGUCCGCUUACAUGGGCCAUCAGAGCCGCUGCUUUACAUCUCCAGGACUUGUUCUUCCUGGCCCAUCGCAUUGACCUGCAUGCUGCUCUCAAGGACAAAUGUCUCCAUCCCGCAGGCCCUGACAAACCGGUUGACGUCCUCCUGUCAUCACGAGUUGUCGGCUGGGAUACUGCAGGCAGCAUCAAGCUACAAGAUGGGAGCGACAUGCACGCCGACCUCAUCAUUGCAGCCGAUGGCAUACACUCAGUUGCCCACGAAGCGGUCCUAGGCCACCGAGUCCCUGCCAUCCGCAGCGGUGUGUCCACUAUCCGAUUCCUGCUCAAGACGGAAGACAUCUUGAACGAUCCCGCGACAGCCCCUAUCAUGGACGAUGGGCCCGGCUGCUUCACAUUCUACGUCAACGCGGAUCGCUCGACCUAUCUGCUCCGUUACCCGUGUCACAAGUGCGCAGGCCCUUCCCAGCCCGAGCCUCUCUCCAACCAGUCCGUGGUGGGCGGAAAGGUCAGCCGCGCCCAUCUAACCGAAAGACUCAGCACUUUUCCGCCCGCCAUCCAAGCCCUUGGCCACAAAGCCGACGAAUUCGUCUAUGACUGGAAGAUCGCCGACCGCGAACCUCUACCAUCAUACCAGAAAGGUCGGCUGGUGCUGGUUGGAGACGCCGCCCAUCCCAUGUGGCCUCGCCAAGGCCAGGGGGCGGCCCAGUCGAUCGAAGACGCAGCCACGCUAGGCAUGCUGAUGAGCCAGCUGGAAGACAAGGCCGACAUCCCGGAACGCCUGGCGCUAUAUAACGAGCUGCGCGUGCCGAGGUCGUCGAUCGUCCAGCAAUUGUCCCACUCACGCGAGCAGGCCCGUCAGGCCCAAAGCCCCGGAGACGCGGACGAGCUGCCUCUGUCGGAGGAGUUCUUGGCUGUGUUUCGAAAGUUCUUACCGGGCACAAGUCCUCCAGGUAUGUCCCAUAGUCACCGAGCAGUGGCCACGCAAUGA